AUGAUUUUAGAUGUUACAUAGAGAACUGAGCCAUACACAACCAAUUUUCGAGUGUCUAAGGAGUAACUGUGUUCAGUGGCUUAUGCAUGUUAGGAAAGGACAUUCACUGAAGAGAUCGAUCAGUUGGAGGAAUUGGGAGGGCAAGAAUUUCUAGAGAUGGCUUUGUGUUCAAAUUACAAGGAUGGGUUAUUAUUGAAUGAUGUAGGUUUGAGAGAACUGAAUUUCGGACAUAAUCGCAAACCACUAAUUCUUCCAAAAUCUUAUUUUUAAUUGUUAUGGGGGGCUUUGGAAGAUUUCACUAUGAGGAUACUCUGUUUGGCUGCGUUGGUGAGUAUUGCAGUUGAUGUAGCCACUGCAUCAUCCGAUUAUCGUGCUUAUGCAUGGAUAGAAGGUUUUGCGAUCCUGGUGGCAGUGAUAAUCUCAACUAAUGCUAAUGCAAUUAAUGAUUACUAAAAGGAGAAAUAGUUUCAAAAGUUGAAUGCAGUAGCUGAUGAACGAAAAAGAGUUACAGUAAUAAGAAAUGGAUAGAAAUGUGAUAUUCAUAUGAGUGAAGUUAUGGUUGGAGAUAUCGUCAUGGUAUUCGAAGGAAUGGAAAUCCCAGCAGAUGGUCUAGUGCUUGAAGCCUCCGAUCUUACAACUGAUGAGUCAGCCAUGACAGGAGAAACCGACCCUAUAAAAAAGAACACCCUAUCCUAUUGUAUAGCUAAAAGGAAUCAGACUGACUCUGCAACAGCUGGUCAUCAUGAAGUUCCCUCUCCCAUUAUGAUGAGUGGUACAAGGGUUUUGACAGGAGAAGGUAAGAUGAUUAUUUUAGUGGUUGGAGAUUUGUCAUGUGCAGGCAAAAUCAGUGCAUUACUCCGUUAAGAUGAACCAGAAGCCACUCCUUUAUAAGUCAAAUUAGCUGCGAUUGCAGAAGAUAUAGGGAAAUUUGGAUUGUACAGUGCAAUCAUAAUUGUAGUUGUGAUGUGCAUAAGAUUUGCAGUUGAAAAGUCAUAAGUUGAAUGGGAAAAUAAGUAUAUUGUAGAGAUCGUCAAUUUCUUUAUUAUUGGAAUUACAGUCAUUGUUGUUGCAAUUCCUGAAGGAUUGCCUUUAGCAGUGACUCUCUCUUUAGCUUAUUCAACCAAAUAAAUGUUGAGAGAUUAAAAUCUAGUCAGGAAAAUGGCAGCAUGUGAAACUAUGGGGGGAGCAUCUAUGAUAUGUUCUGACAAAACUGGAACUUUAACUUAGAAUAAGAUGACUCUUGUUAAUAUCUGGAAUGACAAUUUAAUUGAAUUGGAAACCUAUUAAACAUGUAGUUUGACUGACUAUCUCCCUUAACAAUUGGCAGAUAUUUUUAUAUAAUGA